AAAUGGACUUGACCCCAAUCCUGGUCUGACCACGACCUCAGGUCCAUCUACCAGAAGUUCCGGGAUGUUGACCUGCUGGACAAGAAGACGGUGACGGCUCUGAAAGCUGGAGAGGACCGGGCUAUUCUCCUGGGCUUGGCCAUGGUCAUUGCGUCGAUCAUGGUGUACUUUGUCCUGGGCAUCACCAUACUACGCUCUUACGCAGACAGUGUGUGGACAGAGGAGAGUGUCUGUAUCGUGGUCAACUCCACCAUCAUGGCAGACGUGAACUGCUCUUACAGCUGUGGCUCGGACUGCUGGAGAGGCUCUAAGUACCCUUGUCUGCAGGUCUACGUCAGUGUCAACACCACGGGCAGGCUCAGCCGCUUAUCUCACAAUGAGGAGAGCUGGGACUCCAACUUUGAGUGUUUCUACAUACCAAAGUGCCAGAAGGACACUGCAGCCAUGCACCACAUGAUCGUGAACAUCUCAGAACGCCUGAAGUCGCACCAGCAGGUGCCCUGCUAUUACGACCCCAGCGACCAGCAGGAGAGCGCCCUCUUGACCCGACUGUACGACCACAGCGCUGUCUUCUACUCGCUCUUCUGGCCCUCCUGCAUGCUUACAGGGGGCAUUGCCAUCAUCUUCAUGGUCAAACUCACCCAGUACCUCUCCAUUAUGUGUGAGCAGGUAGUCAAGAUCAAGAGGUGAAGCUUGCUAGCGCAGUAACUGAGAGCGACAAACAUGGUCUCCAGUCCAGACAGAUAAUGACAUGAAAGGGAUUGUUUUAACCUAAUGACCCUGUGACUUCUUGUAAUGUCGCUCUCUCAACGCUGAGACAUUUGGAACAGGUGGCUUGAUUUGCUUCUGUUCUACUUACGGACUGUUGCUAAUUGAAUGUGAAAGGAAUGUUCUGAAAUGGACAUCUAAGCGGCUAAAUUAAUGUACGACCUCUGUUGCCUGAAAAGCAACAUGCAUGCAUGCAUAGUAGUGGGAAGUAGUUUGGGGGUGGGGACAAACCUUUAGCCCGUGCUGAUGCUGCAGAUGGCUAUAUCGGUCUGCUAAUACAGGACUAUUAAAGGCCCAGUGCACUACUUUUGUGAUUUAAAAGAAAUGUUUCAUAACUUUUUAUUUUUAAUUCAGAUUUUUCAGGGGGUGCUGCAGCACCCUCAGCAACCCUGCUUCCCGCGGCUAUGCAUACAUGUCAGAAUAUGCAACCUUUUCACAGAAAUUAACAGGCUAUUUUAAUGUUGUUGUUUUUAUCUGCCUUGUCAUAUGUACAGGAUACACAAUACAAUGAAAUGCUUACUUGCAGGUUCCCGCUCGACAAUGCGACCACAAUAAGAAAUACUUAGUAAAUGAUUUGCAGACUUUGAACACGGGGCUCUAACAUAAAGUUGGGUACCCUCUCUUACAAUCCUACAUUUGGAGUAAUGUUGAGCACGUGUCCUUUAUCUCACAGACGACAAUGCCGAGCAAAAUUUGUGCUGACGGAAUGAGACAGAGUUCAUUCUCCCAAAUUGUCCACUGUGUUUGCUGAAGAUAAUUGUUCAUGACCUACUGUGUUGAGCAAAGUUAAAACCUUGUGCAGUUCCUGUAUGUCAUUUUUGCAGAAGAGGGUUAAAGACCAUUGUCGAAAUAUCCGAACUAGCUAGAAUAUGCUGAAUCUAAUGGGGAAAUUGCUGAAUGAGAGCAUCAACAUAUUUUAGGGGUCAGCCAUAGAUUAUAUUAUUUACAGUUAUUACCAUUUUAUUGUUCAGUCUGUCAUACAAAAAUUGUGUGCUAUGCAAAAAUGUUUUUCUUUGUCUUGUGUCUCUCUGAUGACAACCAAGGAAAGUUGCUACAUCAUGUUUAUUUUUUAUACAUUUUGCUCUGUAUACAAUAAAU